CAGGGAAACAGAAAAAAUAUAUAAUGAUGUAGAAAGUGAUGCAAAAAAAAUUGUAAAAAUACGAGUUGAUGAAGAGAAUUUUCAGCCGCAGAAAGCGCAAUACGACAGUAAAAGCAUAACUAAACCAUCUAACGAAAGAAAAACAAUAUUCGGAAGUUUCGACAUGGAUAUUGAAUAUACUGACUCGGCAGUAUUCCAGAAGAUAACUGAAAAUGAGAUAUCUUGUUACUACGGUGUCGGCCAGAAAACACACAAUGCUAUAUACAUUAGUCAACUUGAUCCAUCGGACAAAUUACGCCCUAAAAUCGAUAUGGAAAACCAAAAGUUGUCUAGACAAACAAUAUACUGCGUAAAUGAUAUGGAACUUGAGAAUUAUGAAGGCGACACAAAUUUAGAAACAAAAAGAAGUUAUGGUGGCGUACAAAAUGAUAACCUGUUUCUAGAACCAGAUGACAUGGUUCUUGAAAAGUCCAUUAAUCGUUAUCACGUAAUAGAAGAACCUGGAACGAAGAAAACUCUUGAACGAGAAUUUGAAACAAGUACAACAACUUGUUUGAACGACUACACUAAAGGUCCACUCGAGAUAUGUGAACAAAACACUUGUAGUAACCUAAUUGACAAAGCAACGUCAUCAGAAAAUUAUAGCCGAAAUCAAAAGAAAACAAGAAGAACUCGGAUUUUAAACGAAAGUAUUGAUUUUGAGCCGUCCGAGAACGGCAGAUUAGUUGCAAAUAAAACAUUAGCAGAACGUUACACCAAAAAUAUAACUGAUACACGUAUCUUAGAUGAAAGCAUCAAUGUCAUCUUUCAUGAGAAAGAUGCAAAUGAAAAUGCUAAUUCUCGUACUAAAGGAGAUAAUAUGGUACAUAAUGACAUUAUGAAUGAAAUGAGCGCCAAUAAUGAAUUAGAUGUCUCAGCCCUAUCGCUCUCGGGAGUGCAUUCUGAAUUGACAAGAUUUGUCAAAAUCAGUCCAGCUAUUUUUGUGAUGUAA